AUGGUCCACUUGGAGUUAUCAUUAAAUUCAGAGAAGGCGCCAAAAAUUGGAAUGACGUACAACUUAGUGUUAAACUAUGUUCACAUUUUCCUUAUAGUACAUUUCGGAAAAUCGAGAGAGAAUUCGUCCCAGCAAACGAAAUAUCACCCCGCGAACGAAAGUGACACCCGCAACCGGAUACGAUCCAUUGGUCUCAUGCCAAAAUUCAAAGCCUUUCGGGUCCUAUCAAAUAUGCUCUUACUCGGUACAGCAUUAUACAUGGCUGCCCACCGAUUCCUUGGUCCGUGUCUCAAAACGGGUGGGUUAAGAAAGUUCACUAAAGUUGUUAGGAUUAUCAUAAAAGGUAAAAAAAAGAAAACAAAAGACUUAAUUUUUUACUAUUUAAAUGGUUCCUCAGUAAAUAGGAUAUAUAAUUUUCCUGGGGGGAAAAUCAAGUAA